AUGGUUAAGAAGAGAGUUCGCGAUCCGGAAGAACUUCCUGAUGCGCCUGUUCAUAGUGCUGGGGAGGAAAAUGAUAGUGGAAGUGAUGGCGAAGAUAUCCUCAACGUCGACUUUGAAUGGUUCAAUUUCCGCGAAAUCGAUUUCCACGGCGUCAAGAGUCUCAUUCGUCAAUUAUUCGAUGUGGAUAGUCAGUUAUUGGAUCUGAGCGAUUUGGCAGAUGAAGUGGUUAAGCAGGGUACGAUUGGUAGUACGGUGAAGGUGGAUGGGGAGGGUACCGAUGCGUAUGCUUUUAUGACGGUGCUUAAUUUACAUCGGGGGAAUGGGGAGGUGGAUGGGGAUAAAGGGGAGAGGGAUAUGGAGGUGGGAGAGGCGGUUAGGGGGUUGAGGGGAUAUUUGGCUAGUCAGGCGAAGGAGGGGGGUUUGGUUCAGAGAGUUGUUAAUGGAGGGGGAAAAUUGGGUGGGGAUGUGGGGGUGGUGUUGGCAGAGAGAUUGAUUAAUGUUCCUGCGGAGGUGGCGCCGCCUAUGUAUGGGAUGUUGGUUGAUGAGUUGGAGGCAGCGGUGGAAGAUGGGGAACCCUAUGAUUUUGCAUAUUAUUUGGUUGUAUCGAGGGGAUAUCGAGAGGUGGAAUCCAGACUAGAUAGGGAGGAGCAGGGUCCGAAGAGUAAGAAGAGUAAGGGAAAGACGAGGGCGUCCGGGGAGUUGUUUUAUUUCCAUCCUGAGGAUGAGGUGCUGAAGAGGUUUAGUUGUGCUUAUGAGGAGUUUGAGUAUAAGAAGGAUGAGGGGGAGGGCUAA